AUGAGAUUGCUUUAUAAGCUGUUACUUCUCAUGUUGAUUAAUUUAUUGUCAAGUCAGGCUGAAAAUUCUUUUAGUUCACUUGGAAGUUUUAAAACUUUGUCAAAUGCAGUUGUUAAGGUUAUCGAAGAUGUUUGGGGAGAUGAUCAAAAAUCAGUGAAUUUUAUUAUUUCCAUUAAUAAUCCCGAAAAUAUUUAUGUUAGCAGCAUUGUUAGUGAUAUUAUGUUGCAAAGUUCUUUAAAUCCAACUGUCGGAUAUCACGUUGAAACAAUUGAAUACUUAAAAAUCAAACAAAAGCUACCAAAACUGAGCGCAAUUGUUGUAAUUGAAACAUUUGAAGAUUUUACAAAUUUCAAUAAAAUUCUAACGUCAGAUUUAAUAUCAUUUAGUUCGUAUCAGGGUGACAUUCUUCUUCUCUUUUUAAAUGGCGAACUGACUGAAUUGAAUGAAAUCUUCAAUAUUUUGUGGAAGAAGCAAGUUUAUAACGUGAAUGCGAUUUACGAAGGAACAAAUGAAAUUGUUGAAGUUAAAACAUUUUUCCCAUUCAAAGUUAACAAUUGCAGUGACACAACACCCACACUCAUUAAUGUAUUUGAAAACGAUGAAUUUAAAAAUGAUCUUGAAAACUUUUUUCCUGAUAAAAUGAAAAAUUUAAAGAAGUGUACAAUUCGUGUUGGGACAUCGAAUAGUUCUAUUCCUUAUGUGUUUGCGUCAAAACUUCCUAAUGGAACUUAUGAGUUGAGUGGACGAGAUAUUUCUUUGAUCAGAACUUUGUCUGAAUUAUUGAACUUUGAAAUUGAAUUCGCGUAUGUUGGUGAAGAAGGACAUUUAAUCGAAAACGGAAGUUCUUCUGGCGCUCUCAAGAUGCUUCUUGAAGGAAAAGUUGAUUUAAUUAUAUCCGAUUUCUGGUUAAAAGCAAAUCGAAUGAAGUUUAUUGACAAUUGUAUACCUUAUAUAAGCCAGCACAUUGCUUUUGUGAUUCCACCGGGAGCUGAAUUUACUGCUUUUGAAAAAUAUUUUAAACCACUUGACAGUUAUACUUGGAUUGGUUUGAGUGUCGUUUUUAUGAGUGCUUUUCUCGUCAUUUAUAUCUUUGAAAAGUUACCAAAAGUUCAUAGAAACUUUCUUAUCGGGGAGAAUAUUAAAGAACCUUACUUAAAUGUGCUUGUCGCUGUGUAUGGCGGUUCUCAACAUAAACUUCCUGACCGCAAUUUCGCAAGGUCACUUCUCAUGGUGUUUCUAAUGUUUUGCCUUGUUAUGCGUACAAUUUACACUGGAUCAUUGUACAGAUAUUUGCAAGCACCAAUCACUCAUAGUGAAGCGCAGUCAAUUGACGAUAUGCUGGAAAGGGACUUUAAGUUCUACACUGUUUCAUCGAUUCUCGAUUUGCUUCAAGGUCAGGAUAGAAUAAACAAGAGGCUUGUCCUAUUCCCACCAGACAGAAGAAAUGAGAUAAUAAAUGAAAUUAACACGAACCCGAAUUUCAAGGGCGCUCUUUUUCGCUCACUUACUGGCAUUUUAUACUAUAAUCAAUUGAAUUAUAAUAAGACUCAAAGCAUGAUAUGUAAAGAAAUGUUUAUGAUGUUUCACGUUGUCAUUUAUGUUCCAAAAGAUUUUUAUCUGAAAGAAGCUAUAAAUCAAAAGAUUCAAAUUCUUAUAGCUUCUGGACUUAUAGAAUUCUGGCACAAAAGUAUAAUUGAUCAGAGAUUUCGGAGGAUUGAAGAGGAUGAUGAACCGGAGAGUAUUAAACUUGAUUUUUGGUCUAUUCAUUCACAAAUCAAUACUUAA